UUCUUUCUAGAAAAUAAACUCUAAAUCUAAACUAAACUUGCCAAAUUCACACCAAAAAAUGGAUUCUUCUUCAUCAUCAUUAUCGGUAGUACGAUCAACAGACGAAACAAUAGAAGAAAUAAUGAAAACUCAAAGAUCAUUACCAACAAGACCAAAAACUGAGGAAGUUGAAGCAGCAAUAACGGUUAUUGAAAACGCCGAGAGAGAAGAAGCAUCUAAACUCAAAGCAUUGCCAUCAUCGUCGAGCAAGAACAAAAGUUCUUCUUCAUCCAUGGCGGAAGAGCUUCUCACAAUUCUACAAGAGAUGCAGAAAAGUAUAGCACAUUACGAAUGCAAAGAGAAAAAGAGAGACGCUCUUAAACUCUUAGAUCUCGAAAAUGUUCAUGUUGUAUUCGAUGACUUGAUUUUGAGAACUUCUAAUUGUGUUUCAAAUUCGAAGAGAAUUUAUAGUAGCGCUAAUGGGCCUAAGGCCCAUAACGCUUCUUCUCCGAAUUUUGUUUCUUCUUCGGGUUUGUUUAACAAAGAAGAUGUUAAGGAGAAGAAGAAGGGUUUGGAAUUAAGAUUGUUUGCAAAAGAUGACAGUUAUUUGAAUAAUAAUUCUAAGUCUAAAUUCAACAUUGAUGGUUAUGCAGUUGGACAGAAAUUCUUCUCCAAACCGAAGUUAGUUGAUAAUUCUUCAACUAUACAUGCAUCCAUUUCAGGUGAAAAAGAUGGUGGUGAAAACAGGUUGAGUUUGAUAAAACUAGCCAACUUAAUUGAAGUUUAUGCAAAGAAAGGCAUAUGUGAAUUAAACCUACAAAACAAGUUAAAGGACAAAGUUGAUUGGUUACCCGAUUCAUUAGGAAAGUUAUCAAGUUUAAUCACUUUGGAUUUAUCCCAAAACCGGAUUAUAACCUUACCUUUCACAAUAGGUAAACUUUCAUCCUUAACCCAUUUGGAUUUACAUUCAAAUCAAAUCAAAGAGCUACCAAAUUCUAUUGAAAAUCUCAUUAACUUAAGUCACCUAAAUGUUAGUGGAAAUAUGUUGUCCUCUCUACCACAUUCUCUUUCCAAAUUGGCGCGACUCAAAGAGCUUAAUUUGAAUUCAAACCAAUUGUCCUCGAUUCCUGAUUCAAUCGGUUCACUUGUUAAGUUAAAAGUUUUGAACAUCGAAACAAAUGACAUAGAAGAAAUUCCACAUUCAAUCGGUCAUUGUGCUUCUCUGAAAGAGCUUUGCGCCGAUUACAAUCGGCUCAAGGCUUUACCCGAAGCUAUAGGACAAAUUAAGAGCCUUGAGAUUCUAUCUGUAAGAUACAACAAUAUUAAACAAUUACCUACGACGAUGUCGAAUAUGAUUAAUCUUAAGGAACUUAAUGUGAGUUUUAAUGAGCUUGAGUUUAUUCCUGAGAGCUUGUGUUUUGCUACUAAGAUUGUUAAGAUGAAUGUUGGGAACAAUUUUGCUGACAUGAGAUCAUUGCCAAGGUCUAUUGGGAACCUUGAAAUGCUUGAAGAAUUGGAUAUUAGUAAUAAUCAAAUACAUAUUCUUCCUGAUUCUUUUAGAAUGCUCACUCAUCUUCGUAUAUUAAGAGUUGAAGAAAAUCCUCUUGAAGUCCCACCAAGACAUAUAGUUGAAAAAGGAGCACAGGCAGUUGUGCAAUAUAUGGCUGAGCUUGUGGAGAAGAGGGAUGCUAAAUCACAGCUACUCAGGCCCAAAAAGAGUUGGACUGAUCAGAUAUGCUUUUUUUCAAAGUCUAACAAAAGAAAGCGUGAAAGGGUUGAUUAUGUGAAUGCUUGAUUGAGUUCAAUUAAACCACAUUGUUCAAAAGUUGCAUAUUGCAAGAGUUAAUUAGAGAGUUGCUUUUCUAGUCAAUAUUACUUGGGUGUAGAAUUGAAAUUAGGUGUUGAUACAUGAUUUAAGGUUAAUGGUCAUGUAAGUUACUUCUAUCAAAAUUUUAUUGUAACAUUGAUGUAUAUAUGUGGUUAGUUAGACACCCUUGUCUUAUGUGUGACAAUUGCAAAAUGUGGCGAGAGGUGUAAUAUGUAUAAGUGACUUCUAUCAAAGUUUUAAGUUUCAUAUUAUCAAGAUUUCAAUCUAUGUUGAAUGUGUAUAUAUAUGGUUAGACACACCAUCUUAUAAGCUAAUAAAUUUUAAAAGAACUCGACAUGAGAGUUGAACU